UGCUGGCUUCCCCAGUCCUGUAUACUGUCUUACCCUUCACUGGGGUCCCGAUUAUUUUAUUAGCUCCCAUAUGUGUAUGAAGUUUAUUUUAAGUACCUCCUGCAAGCGGUUGGUGGUUCGAACCCAGCAGCUGCUUGGUGGAAGAAAAGGCCCGGCGGGCUGCUUCCCUAAAGAUUACAGCCCCGAAAACCCUGGGGAGCAGUUGUGCUCUAACACAUGGGGUUGCCAUGAGUCGGAAUUGACUCCAUUGUAACAAGUUAUUUGUUUUUAACCUAUCUACUGAACAUCUAAGAAAACUCACACAGUCCAGUUAUCUGGGAGGCUGCAGACACACAUACCUGAAACUAAGCAGAAAAUGAUGGCAGAAUUAGGAUAGUGACUAAUAUAUUACCAGAUAGUAAAGCAUGAUGAACCUAGAAUGUCACUGCAGUUCUGAUCACAUAUUGAAGUUUAACUUUAUGCGGAUGGAAAGCAGGCAUAAAUCUCUAGCCUGGGAGUUGACAGUCUGGGCUCAACCCUCACUUCUCUCACUCACUAGCUGGGUGACCUUGGAUAAGUCACUUAGACUCUCUGAGCUUACUCAUAAAACAGAUAAUACCAACUCUGUCUCCUUAGGAUUAUUGCAAGGAUCAAAAUGAGUUAAAUGUUAAAUCCAACAAGUAUGGUAGAAAUAUGAGGCAACAUUAUUGGGGAAGAAUAAAGAACUUCCAUAUACAUUUCAUUUGAACCUCGCAAAAAAACCUAGAAAAUGCACAUUAGCAUUUCCAUUUUAUACUUUUAACACUGAGAGCCACAUAUUGUCCUUAAGGACGCAUAAUAAGCACCUGAAUCUAGACUCAGUACUUCUCAGGACUUCAAAUCUCAUGCUCUGUUCCUUGCACUAAUGAUUAUUCCAUAUUUUGUAGUAGCAAAGGAGAGAUAAGAACUUUUGGGGACAUUAUUCAAAGGACCAGCUCUGGGGAGUGGUUUAGCAAUAAGCAUGAGGGGAAGUGACAUCGUUUAUCUGUUUGGAGAAGAGCGGUAACCCAGCGAUAGAAGGUUUAAUGUUCGCCUUGUGUCUCAGGUAUUCCUGCUCCUGCAGGGAGGAGAAGGUUCAGUCAGUUUUCCUUCCAUCCCUGGACCGCCAACCCAGAUUCUCCACUACAUCGUCGGGGGCGGGGAAAGAAGUUGGAGAAAGGUGUCAGAAAAGCUUAAGCUUAAUGGGAAUCCUAGGGUUUUAAGGAAGGAGCAAAGUCCUAAGAAGAAGACGUAUUGUCUCCUUGCUCAUCUAGCCCAAAAUGGGCAAACCGAGGCGACAACCCAGUGAGCAGCGAACCGAGAACCCAAAUAAGCCUCGAUCCCGCCAUUUCCUCCGUUCUGGCCAAAGACUACCAGGACCAUAAUGCAACGGUGCGCCGAGCCAAUGGGCCACCGCUCGCUGCACAAACGCUGUGAAACCCAACUUCCAGUGAGCAGCUGGCGAAGCGCCGCCGGCCCGUAAGGACUACAAGACCCAGCGAGCGACCAUCGCGCGCCGCCGCCUUGAACGACCGGCUUCGCUCGGAAAUCCCGGGCCCAGCUGGCGGACCAAGCAUCCCAGAAUCCCCCGCGGGACAACAUGGCCGCGGCGAGAGCGGAAGCGGAGGUGCGACACUAAGCACCCCAUGCCUGCGGGCGCGGGGAGGCAUGGCCUCCCCCAGGGCCGCCGCCUCUGCUGGUUGCUCUGCGCUGUCGCCUUGAAGUUCUGCCACGCUGAGGCUCCAGUUCGGGAGGACAAGCAGUCAGUGAGCACCUCAAACUUGCAGUGCUGGCUGGUGGAAGAGUUUGUGGUGGCAGAAGAGUGUGCCCCUUGUUCUUAUUUCCAGGCUAAAACUAUCCCUGAGUGCAGUUCCACAGGGUACGUGGAGAAAAUCACAUGCAGCUCAUCUAAGAGGAGUGAGCUCAAAAGCUGCCGCUCAGCGGUGAUGGAACAGCAGUUGUUCUGGAAAUUCGAAGGGGCUGUUGUGGUUGUGGCCAUGGUCUUCGCUUGCCUUGUCAUCGUUCGUCAGCGACUAUUGGACAGAAAGGCUCUGGAAAAGGUCCGAAAGCAAAUGGAAUCCACAUAGCCACAUUCCACCCUUUUAUCCUAGGCCUUGGAGACCCCACCUCACACAGAGGAAGUGGAAUGGACUGACUUGUGCCCCGGUUCUUGGGAACCUUGGUGUGGUACCCUCUCUUUGCCCAUUUUCUUCCAGAUCAUUAAUGAGCAGAAUAAAAAGCGUAAAUAGUU